CGGAGGAGGAGAUCAGCGAGGAGGAUGAGGAGAGAAGCGAAACAGACGAUAAUAUGAAUUAUCAAGGAGUCGAUGAGGAAAGAGAGGAUGAGGAUAUCCAGCCUCCUGAUUCUCCUGAAGAAGAGCCAAAUGAUUCUAUUCAAGAAGACGAGGAAUCCUGGGAUUAGGCAGAGAUCCUCAAGUGAGAGGGAGUGCUGAGAGUAUCGUAUAGGACCACUUGGGUCUCUUCCUAGUCACGGCUCUGCGCAUGCGCGGGCCCUUGGCGCGUCGGUGCUCGCUCUCACUCGCCAGUUCGUCCCCGAUUCUCCGAGAGAGAAAACAUAUUAUACGCUAGACCGUUUAACGCUAUUUAUUCAAUAAACGACUUUCCACGAGACUCUCCGUGUUCAUUAUUUACUCAGUCUCACCACCUAACUUCCAUCACGAAUGUAAUAUAAAGUUUGUUAACGCACGUAGAAUAGCAGUUGCAAGAAAGAGAGACAUAUCUGAAUAUUUACCGGAUUGGACAAACGACAAACACAACGAUGCCAUAUUUCCACCAGGUGUUUACGAGAAUCUCAACAAUCUCACAGAAGCUAUAAACAAUAUACCUGAAUCUCACUUACGUAUUGAACAGGCAUAGAAAAAAAGUGGUUAUUACAAUUUACAUAAAAAGUGUGAAUGUAAGGAAACUCAUUUUUUCAGCUUGAGCGAAAAGGUCAAACGAAUAUUUGGCUUUGAGAAUGAAAAAUAUAGAAAUCAGGAAUUUAUACCCAUGAUUCCAUCUGUAGAGCCGAAAAAAAAUGCAACAUUGGUAGGAAACAGACCUGGUUGUUUGGCAAGAGCGAUAGCUGAUCAAUUUUUCGUUUACUCAGAUAUUUGUAUUUUGUACACAGUCGGUGACGUUCAAGCAUCCCUUUUGCGCAUAGUAACACUCGAUAAUUCAAAAUAUAAAUUUGGUGCGAGAGUGGUCAAACAAUUUGCACCGGGAAUUUAUCUACCUUUGUUAAAUAACACAUUUCAGAAUAUAAUAAUAGAUAUAAGAGAUGAAAAUGGGAAUCAUAUACCAUUCGAGUACGGGACGUUGACCGUAACACUACAUUUCAAGCGCAUUCUCUGAGAAAAAAAUGGUUUACUACGCAGAAUACUAUGCCGAUCAAAUCGGUGGUGGUGAUGGUGGAGGAGGAGUACGUCGAGUGUUUGCAGGUUCAACUUAUCAGCGAGGUCAUGGUGGAAUCGGCAGCUUUUUGAGUGGAUUAUUUCGAAGAGUUUUACCUUACAUUACGAGUGGUGCUAAAGCCGUUGGAAAAGAAGCUAUCAGAGCAGGAAUGCAUGUACUAGAUGAUGUGGGAAAUCACGGAAGCAAUUUUAAACAAGCUGUAAAUAUGCGCAUGCGCGAGUCCGGUAAAAAUCUUAAGCAUAAAGCCGCUGAUAAAAUUGCCGCUAUGAUGAAGGGAUCAGGAUAUAAGAUACGCGCUAAAAAGCGGAAGCGUCAAUCGUCCAAGAACAGUUCAGCUGUACGCAUCAGCAGUAAAAGUGGCCGUGUAAAGAAGAAGAAGAAGAAGAAGAAGAGCCGUGUCAGUGUUCGCAAAUCUACGAAAAAGAAAGCGGGUAAGAAUAAGCCAAGGAAGAAGAGAAAACAACGCAGUGUGAGCGAUAUUUUUGGAUCUACAUAGAUAUUAUUUAAUAUGGCUUUUCUACACUCAAACUCAUGCGAAUGCAUGACAUCAGAAUUAGAUUUAUUUACAUUACCACCUACACAGACUUCGGUGGAAAGCUCUCAAUUUAUACAUUAUAAACCAGUUUCUUCGCAGACGAUGGACCGUUGGAAUUCGUCGUUCCAGCUGGUAGUGAUUAUCUCGAUCUUGCACACACAAUGCUAAGCAUUCGUAUGCAGAUAGAGCCAACUGUUGAAAUAACAGAAGCAGCUAAAGCUACAGAGUAUCCGAAGGUAGCAGCAAUAAAUAACACAUUACAUUCGCUAUUUAACCAAAUAGACGUUUUCUUUAAUCAAAAAUUGGUUUCACCACCAAACAAUGCUUAUUCUUACCGAGCUUACAUCGAAACACUGUUAAAUUAUUCAAAGAGUAGUAUGGAAUCACAUCUCACGAGUGGACUCUGGUAUGCGGAUACCCCUGGAAAAUGGGCAGCGCCUCCCAAUACCAAGCGUACUGAUGUAAAUGCAAAUAUUGGUCAGUGUAACCGUCAGUAUUUUACCCAGAAUGGUAAAACUGUCGAUUUACUCGGUCAUUUGCAUUGCAAUGUUUUUAAUCAAAAUAAAUUUCUGUUAAAUGAUGUUGAACUGCGAUUACGAUUGGUUAGGAGUAAGGAUGCUUUUUGUUUGAUGGAUUUUACAGAUGAUGAUAAAUUUACUAUACGCAUUAAGGAAGCUUCACUGAUUGUGCGUCAAGUUAAAAUAAGUCCAGGUGUUAUACUAGCUCAUGCUAAUGCACUUACAAAAGCCACUGCUAAAUACCCAAUCAAUCGUGUGGAGGUGAAGGCAUUUACAAUGCAUAGAGGUAUUCUUGGCGAUACACUGGACAACGUUAUUCUCGGUCAAAUACCCAAAAGAAUAAUCAUUGGAUUUGUGGGUAACAAGGCAUUCAAUGGAAAUAGAAAGUUUAAUCCAUUUAAUUUCCAACAUUUUAAUAUAAACUAUAUUUCUCUUUAUGUGGAUGGUGUCCACAUUCCCAGCAAACCAUUGCAGCCUCGAUUUACGGGUGAAAUUAUUUAUCGACUCGUUUCAUAUACUAUAUUCUGGGACUGGAAUUCAUUUUCUAAACGAAGCAUUAAUUAUCUCACGAUCGGACUACGAUGAAGGGUAUACAUUAUUUGCUUUUGAUCUAACGCCUGAUUUAUCAGCAAAUUCAGUUUCUCAUUGGAAUUUAAUCAAGCACGGCAGUGUUCGUGUAGAGGUAAAAUUUGAAAGAGCACUUGAAUCUACAAUCAAUUGUAUAAUUUACGCCGAAUACGACAAUGUCUUAGAAAUAGAUUCAAGUAGGCAAAUAAUAACGGAUUUUAAUGCAUAAUGUGUCAAUUUUUUAUAGUAUCAUGGAUUACGUUAUCAAUAUUCAGGGUUUGAGAGACCGUAACAACAAGUUUACACCUAAAGAAGUUGGUGUACUUGGUUUAGAGCACAGAGUCGUCCAACAUUGGAUAGUUAAGGAACCCCAUAGAUUUGAAGAACUUGCAACUGGACUUAAAAGAACUAACGACUACAUCUCUAAUCAUUUUCAUGGAAUUCGUUGGCAUGAAGGUGACAUCACCAUUGAACAACUACAGUAUCAUUUACAACAAAUAGCCAAUGUGGCUAUACAUAUUUUUACACGCGGUCAUGACAAUUGGAGAUUCCUGGAGACUGUAAUGUGUCGAGAAGUUGUAAACGUUGAAGAAAUGUAUGCCCCGAAUUUUGACGAAUUGAAAAUAAAUUAUUCAGGUAACUUCAUGUGUUUAAAUCAUGGCAUUCAAGGUAUAAACUCCAGUCGCGAUUGUGCUCUCAAUCAUGCAUAUGUGCUACGAAAGUGGUUACACUCUAUAUCUGAAGGUAUAACGCGAGAUUCUGCACAGAAAUUGAGUGAUGCAUUGUACUGCAAACUAAACUCGCGGGUACGUACAGCUACUUCUUCGUCUAUUUACGCGACACACGAAGAGGACGUAGUCGAUCAUUGCUGAAAUAAAAUAGAAUGAAUACACAAGAAUUACUAAAAGCUCUUGACCCGUUAACCGUCAAGACAGUUGGCGUGUAUGCUGCGGAUAGAAUUCGAAACGUUUUGGAAUACCCCGCGGCCAUCAUAGCUAAUACAGAUGAUCACACGAAGAAAGGAACACAUUGGAUUGCUAUCUACAUAGACUCAAACGGUUAUGGAACAUACUUUGACAGUUACGGACUACCACCAAUGUCCCAACAUCAUCUUAAACGACUCAAAAGAAAUUGCAAGCGGUAUCAGUGGAAUAAAAAAAAGUUGCAAAGUUUUGAUUCACAGGUGUGUGGCCAGUAUUGUGUUAUGUUCCUUUACCAUAUGGUUAGGCUACCUAACUUACGCGCGUUUUGUCAUAAGUUCUCGCGAGAUUCACGAAAAAAUGAUGCCGUAGUUGUAUCGUUCUAUAAAAAGCUGUUACGAAAUAAUAAUCAUCGUGUACGCUCGAAAGAUGUUAGGAGGUUUGGAAGUGAAGCCUCGCGCGGUUCAGGAUUUUGUAAUCAAACAUGUACUUCGAGAAUGUAUGUAAAGUAAUAAUAAUAAUUGUCAGAUAUCAUGUAGUAAAAAAUAUGAAUAAAGUG